CCACCAUCGCCCACACACACCUUCAAGCAAUCAUCCCUUCCCACGCGACGCCGUCUCCACCUUGGACUCGUCUCCAUUCUCCGACCCUCCUCCUCGUCUUCAUGCAGCGUGCUCCACGGCUUCCGCCGUUCAGUUUCCACCCGAGUCCGCUUCCCAUCGGGAGCUGUGUCAGUUCAACCAUUCCUCCCCAACACACACCGUGAACCCUACUCGAAGCAACCAAGGAUCCCAAGAAUAGCCCAACUCAGCGGGUCUCUUGCUGCGGUCGUUUCCACUGUAUGCUCGCCUCUGCCUUUUCCGGGAUGAUGGACUGAUGGCCCGACGUGCCGGGGACAUGUCCAGUACCGGACCAUAGCGAUGGAUCUCGACCUCGGGCCCCCCUUCCUGGCAGCCCUGUCCUAAUUUGCUUCCAUGGCCCUGUCUAUGACUAUGUAUAUAUCUCAUCCACCCCAGGCUCGCCGCCGCCCGAGUGGACUGGAAAUCUGUCUAGCAGACGAUUCGUUGUCAUCGUGAUCUUCUCUUAUUCCCGAAGGCUCGUGUUCUAGACGUUGCCUCACAUCACUCUCGCUUAUAUUUCUUUUCUCUCUUUACCCUUUCCUUUCUAGUGCGACGCAACCAUGUCUCUGCGCCGCUCCAUUGUCGCCGCGGCGGCUUUGGCUCUUGUUCCGGCUGUCCAUGCUUGGAACAUUGAGCUUCCUCCCUGCUUGGAGGAGUUUAAGCCCUUUGUCUACUCUGGCUGCUACGAGGAGGGCCUCGUCUUCCGCUCCAGCCUUCCUUCCAAGGGCAUGACCCCCGAGAAGUGUAUGGCCGAGUGCAAGGGCAACGGCUUCCGUUACGCUGGUCUUGAGUACUACGGCGUCUGCUACUGCGGUGGCACCGUCAAUGGUGCUCCUGUUGAUGAGUCCAAGUGCAACUUGCCUUGCGAUGGCGACAAGACCCAAAAGUGCGGUGGUGACAAGUUCCUCUCCGUCUACCAGGACCCUACCUUCCCCAAGACUCCUAACCAGGUUGAAAUUGCCGACUACAAGUCUCAGGGCUGCUACACCGAUGACUCCAAGGAUGGUCGAACGCUCUCCUACCCCAUUGACAUUCCCGCUGAAAAGUUCACCACCGAGACCUGCUUGACUGCUUGCAAGGACGCCGGUUUCCCCAUUGCAGGUACCGAGUACGGCCGUGAAUGCUGGUGUGGUGCUGUCCUUGCCAACUACACUGCCCCUGUCGACGUUUCUCAGUGCAACAUUGCUUGCAAUGGAAACAAGGAUGAACUUUGCGGUGGCCGCGGCCGCUUGAGCCUCUACGUUGCCAAGGACCUCGAGUCGCUUGAACCCUGCGGUAGCAAGCCCCAGAGCAGCUCAUCUCAGCAGCCUAGCACUCAGCCUUCCAGCUCCGCGAUGCCUUCUACCUCCCAGCAGCCUUCUACCUCUGACAAGCCUACUUACAAGCCUUCCUCUUCGCAGCAGCCUUCGUCUUCUCAGCAGCCCUCGUCUUCUCAGGCGCCUUCAUCUUCCCAGAAGCCUUCUACCUCUGACAAGCCUUCUUCUGUACCCUCUUCUUCUCAGCAGCCCUCGACCUCGGAGAAGCCUACCUCCAAGCCCUCUUCUUCUGAGAAGCCUACAUCUAUGCCUUCCUCUUCUCCGAAGCCUUCCAGCUCUUACAAGCCUUCUUCUGUGCCUUCGUCUUCUCAGCAGCCUUCUUCUUCCCAGAAGCCCUCCAGCUCUGACAAGCCUUCCUCUGUGCCCUCUUCUUCUCAGCAGCCUUCUACUUCUGGCAAGCCUACUUCCAAGCCUUCUUCUUCUCAGAAGUCUUCUACCUCGGACAAGCCUACCUCCAAGCCAUCUUCGUACCCCAGCUCCUCCCAGUCUUGGGCUACCACUAGCAAGCCCAAGCCUUCCAGCACCACCACUAUUGUCUGCACUACCACCUCUAUUGUACCUGCUCCUUGUGAGCAAGAAUGUGGUGAGUGGUGUGCUCCCCCUCUUCCUGGAUGGACCGACAAGCCUGGAUGUCUCGAGGCAUGGAAGGUUUGUGAGCUUCAGGUCUACUCUUGCUUCCAGCAAGCCCAGUGGCCCGCCAACUUGAACUGCUACAGCUUUGCCCAAUGGUGCAAGGACAUCAAGAACUACUGUGAGAACUGUGAUGGCAAGCCCAACUGCAGCAAGGACGACUGCUGGAGCCACUACCCUCCCGGCAUCGGCCACAAGCCCUCUACUACCACAAUUGUUGGCCCCUGCCCUACUACCUCCAAGCCUGGCGGCUGGUCUUCCAAGACCGCUUCUAGCUCCUACGGCGGUGGUUACCCUACUACCUCCAAGGUUGUCCCCAGCUCUGUGCCUUCGUCGAAGCCUUCGUCCACCAGUAACGGUUGCAACCCUGCUCCUACCAACAUCUGCAAGCAGCCUGGCGACAAGGACUGCGACUUUGGUCCCGGAAACCCCGUCGGUGGUGUUCCUCUGCCCAUUGUCACUUGCAACGAUGUUAAGGGUGGAUACGGAAAGCCCCUGAAGAUGUACAUUGACUACAACCAUGACAACUGCCCUACUUACCCCGGAGACCAAGGCGCCCAGGCCUGCGCUGAGGCUUGCAAGCACCAGUUCGACAAGUGCCGCGAGAUCUACGCUGAUACCUGCAAGAACCUCGCCUCUGACCCCAAGUUCCACCCUGCUCGUGGCUACGGCUACGGCGGUGGCUACAACGGAGGUUACAACGGCGGAAGUUCGUCUAGCUCUUCUAGCUCUAGCUCUAGCUCCUCUUCUGGUGGCAGCAGCUCUUCUUCUUCCAGCUCCAGCUCCUCCUCUGGAAGCGGUAGCUCCUCUUCCUCCAGCUCCUCUAGCUCAUCUUCCGGUGGUGGCUACGGCGGCGCCUCUAGCUCUUGCAGCUCCUCGUCCUCUUCUUCCAGCAGUGGCAACGGCAGCUCUUCUUCCAGCUCUUCCUGCAACAGCGGUGCCGGCCAUCCUUCUUGCAAGGGCUAUGGCAGCUACAGCGGCGCUGGUGCUUCUGCUAGCUCUUGGGCCUCUGGCAGUGGUGCUUGGGCUGAGGCUAACGCCUGGUCUGGAUGGGGCAAGGGUAACGACGACUACAAGAACGCUGGUUACCGUUGCGAGAUCCAGUACGAGGAGUGCCUUGCUAUCAACCAGCACCCCGACACCAGCAAGUGUGACUCCGGCUACUGCAACUAAAGGAGCAUAUGAGUCAAAGCGGACUGCUCUAGCCUUCAUAGUCCACAUCCGCAGCGUCUUAUUCUCAGCCCCUUUGGAUUCUAUGUUGUAGUUAAGGGUGUCUCUUCUGAAGACACUUCACUCUUUUAAUUUCGUUUACUUUACAUAAUUCACUCUACUUGAACUACUAGGUCCUUAAUUUAAAUCUUUGUGUUAAUUUGGGAUUUAUGCAAAGUCACUCCUAU